AUGGAACGACCGACACGGCCAGAACUGCUUGUCAAGACACAGAGGUAUGGACGAUGUGACUAUGAAAAGUUUGACGACAGCAUUUCGUCCAUUGUCCGUGCCGGGCAAGGGUCGAUUGGGAAAGUGAAGGUUGACUGCCGGUUCCUCCUUACCAAAUCGCAAUGGGGAUACAUGGGAUCGAAUCCUGGGCUUCGCAAAUGCCCGGCUGGUAUCAUCUACUUGGACCUCGACAUAGAUCAACCCCGGGACUGCAGGCUAGAGUCAGCAACUUUCACCGUGACCCUUGAGGAAGAGUAUGAUGAUACGGAUGUUGUAUCACCGAACCUGCCAAUCUUCCCGGUAACAAUGACCGACUAUUAUGGCCCGAAGCAAAUCCGCGGCGUAGAACGAACGAGGCAAAUAAGGCGCAAGAAGCAAGUUAUACCAGAGGUCAACAUACUAGGCCAUGGCAUGGGUGGACUUGGUGUCGAAACCGAAAGGAAGAUGGAUGAGGCCGGCAGAUGGGCUUUCUCGGGGCAUUUGGAUUCCAGCAACGGCGGUCACAUCUACAACCGAUUGGUCUGGAGGUUGGACGAAAACUCUCUUGAACAACAAUCGCUGCACAAGCCCACAAUCCACACAGCAUUCGCAUUGCAACACAAUGCGAAAGGGUUCACCAUGACUGUCGACGUGAGUGGGAGGCUGGACGCGUGGACGGACAGGUUCAAAACGAAAGUGAAAAGAAAAUUUGGAGGGAGCAAGGCCAAGGCGCGAGACACGGCGAGCAUCAACUUCCAAUGGAGCCAGGGCUAUACCUCAUCUUCAUGGCUGGAUGAAAAUGCUCGAAGUCUCCCACACGCAAUGGAAUAUGAGAACAUGCUCAGCAUCCCAAUCGAGAUGCCCGACGCCCUCCCAGCCAACUUUGGCCCACCCCAAAGAUUCAACACGGCCAACAUACCUCAUCACAACUCACACUAUGAGACCACGCAUAAUGUGCAACGGCCGCCCGGAGGCCAGACGACCUGGGCGAUGCCUGGACUGCAUGCAGAGACACAGCCUGGAUUGUUGGAGUCCGGUGGUCCUCUUCAGCAUUUGCCGCCGUUAACACUCGAGGAUAUGGCCUUUGCAGCUGGCUUCUCGCCAUCUCCUGCUCCCCCCGUAGCUUCGAGGCAAUCGGAACGCUCUCCGAGGUCACCGGUGUCAAGUGACGUGACGAUGGUGGAAGAGUGUAGGGAAAGCGAAGGCAUUAUACAUAACACGGCCACAGAAGAUGAGGAUGACGAAAAUGAGGAGGAUGAGGCCGUGGAUGAGGAUGUCGUUGUGAGACCAAGGGAGGCGUAUCGAGAGGCUCGGGGUCGGAAUGGGGCCGAGGCGCAGAAAAGGAUGAGAUUGCAAAAAGGUGCCUGCGAGAAAGAACAAGUAGAGGAAAAAGUGGAAGAGGACGAGGCGGAAGGAGAGAGGAUAGAUGUUGGCCUGUUGCUCCUGCUGUAUUGGCUCCGAUCGACGGGCAUGACAAUUUUGGAACUCCUCUUCGCCGUCUUCACCUUCCCUCCAGUGCCAGCCACCCCUCCUAUUGUUAAGUCAGUCCGAGAAGUGGAAGGAAGGAGAAAUAGAAUAAGGCAAGAGGGACACAAAACGCAGAGAUUGAGGAGGACACCGAAACCCAUUGCCCCGCGAAAAGAGAAAGUGCCGUGGGAGGUGCGGUCUGGCGAGGAAACACUUGUUUGUCUGGGUUCCACCAAUGAGUUGAAAAGGGAACAAAAGGAAAGAGUGAGGCAGAAGAUGAAGUGA